UCUCACUUCAAACGUGCGCGCAACCGCACGCAUCGCGCGACCGCAAUUCUUUAUUUACAUCGAGAAACCAAAACAUGAGAUAAACUUCAUUCGAAAUACAAUUUAAAAAUUGAAAAAACUAGUAUUUGUUCCAAAUACAAUUUGCGAGUUGUUAGAGUGUGAUAUUUUGAAAGUUCGCAAGCUCUGUGUUGUCGCCGAACAAAAAGUUUAGUGGGUGACGAUGCCGGCCGAAGCGGAACCAACCUCGAGGAUCGUGCUGCGGGAAGUCACACCAGAAAUAUCGCAGCACAUGUUGUCGGACGUGGACAAGCUGCCGGCAGUGCAGCUAGGUGACUUCGUGCUGCAGUUUGAGCUGGAUGAGCCAAGCGAGUCGGUGCGGGAGAUCGCGCGCCGCGAACUGCGCGAGACGCCUGAUGUUGUCAAGCCUGCCGUUGAAGAGCUCCGGCGGCUUUUGGAAGAGGAUAAAGAUUUGCACGUGCCUACAGAUAACGAUGCCUGGCUCAUCAGGUUUCUGCGCCCUUGCAAGUUCUACCCUGAAAGCGCACAUGAUUUGAUCAAACGUUACUACGCGUUCAAAGUGAAGCACCACAAGCACUACGACGGGCUGAUCCCCAGCAGGGAACAGAACGUGUUCAACCAGAACAUCCUGACAGUGCUGCCCACACGCGACCAACUCGGCAGGAGGAUAUUGGUGCUUGAACUCGGCAAAAAAUGGAAACACAACAAAUGCUCGCUGGACGAGGUGUUCAAAGGCUGUGUUUUGUUCCUGGAGGCCGCCAUGUUGGAGCCCGAGUCUCAGAUCUGCGGCGCCGUGGUCGUGUUCGACAUGGACGGCCUCUCCAUGCAGCAGGUCUGGCAGUUCACGCCGCCCUUCGCCAAGAGGAUCGUAGAUUGGCUGCAGGAAAGCAUACCGCUUCGAAUCAAAGGAUUAUACGUGGUGAAUCAGCCCUACAUCUUCAACAUGGUGUUCCAACUCUUCAAGCCAUUCCUGAAGGAGAAGCUGCGUUCGCGGAUCAUAUUCAUCGGCAACGACCGGGACCUUCUUCACAAGUAUAUCAGCCCCAAGUGCCUGCCGGAGAACUAUGGAGGCACCCUCACGAUCCCGAGGGUCACGGGUCCGCAGUGGUUGGAACUACUGCUCAUGUGUGAUCAAGAGUUCAGUGCCAUCAACUCUUUCGGUUACAAGAAGGAAGCCAAAUGAUUGCGAACAUCGGAAGAUUUUAGAAUCUAUUUACCAUUUGUGAUAUUUUAAUUAUAAGACAUAUCGGGAUAAAUAGAGCUCAAAUUCAAAUGAUCCAGGUACAAAAUACUUAUUUAAAAAUAGUAUCUAAUGUCGAGCUGUUUCGACUAGUAAAGUAGUCACAAAGCCCUAAAACGUUUUAAAGUAGUAAAUGAAAAUCCUUUUAGGAAAUAUUUACAUUUUAUAAAAAAUAAUGCAUUCCACUUUUUAAGUCUCCCUGCCAAUAAGAGGCCGAAAUUUAUCUUAUUGGUGGACAUGACUGCAUGUUAGUAUCUAAGUUACCUAGUUACAUUAACAUAAUAUUCCUUUACUAUUUUUGCCAUAAUUUUAAUAUACCAAGGGUGCUAUGAACCCAAAGAGAUAUUUUUAUCGAUACCUUUCUCAAUUCCAACUUACUUGUUUUUGCUAUCAAAAAUCUGUUUAGCAAGUUGUGUUUUUGAUAUUAUAUAAAUUGUUAUUUUUAUUUAUUAAUAUGUAUACUUACCGAUUUUAUAAUUCGUAAUAUUCUAGAAAUCAUAUCACUUUAACAAUAUUUUAACGCACGCAGUAAAAUUUUAUAAAUAUUAUUAAUAUUAAAAACACACUUUUUGUGUGUUUUUGUUUGAACUUGGCCGCUGCACUACCUUACCUACACUAUAUUGUACUUGUUUUAAUAUUUUACAAACUUUUUUCAUAUAGGCUGUGAUUUCCAAUAUAUAAUCUGUUUAACGUACAAAUUGAAGCUUCUCUUUAUAAACAUGACAAAUUAAUAGUAUAUAAAUCACAUGGCCACUUUUUUGCGUUUUGAUAGUUACUUAGAAGUAGAUUUGUGAAAUUGUAAAAUUGUAUUAGAUUUAUUUUGUUUUAAUUGUAUUAUACAGGGAUGGUCAUUAAUGACAAAGCCUACUUUUAAUUUCAAUUUUAUAAAAAUAAGUGGUUAUCAGUUCUGAAUCUGUUGAAUUUUGGUGUUGUGCAUAAACAAAAUAUGUAGUUUAUAUAGAAAGGUCUGCAUAUAUCCCAUUUCCACCCAAAAAUAUUUAUAGUUAAGGGAUAAAUUAGCAUAAAUUCAUUUGUUGAACAUCACAAAAUUAUAUCCAAAGGUACAUGUCACAAGUUACUAGGUUGAGUAUAUAAUAUUUUUUCUAAAAUAAAAACUUUAUAUAUUAAAUUAUUAUGAAUAACUACUGAAUGUAGUAAUUUGUGUCCCUUUAUUCAUAUUUUUAUUUGUAUACGGCUGUAAUUGUAUUAGAAAAGGUGGAUGUAAGUAGUGCCUAAUAUUUUUUAUAAUAAAACAAUUUAUAUACAA